GAAUGGAUUACAAUGUAUCUUUCAGGGAAACCUAUUAUUAUCAAUGUGACUCCUCGGGGGAGUCAAUGAUGGUGUUGAGGAGGAGGAGGAUGAUGAGACGCCUCUAAACUUGGAACAAGUUUAGGACUUUGAAAGAAGAGAAAAAAAAUACAACCAACAAGACUGAAGAACAAUUAUAACUCUCCUGUGUUGAUUAUUUUUUAUAAACGAUAAGAAAAAGUUGUUGGAUUUUUUUUUUAAUGGUUACUUUUUUGGGGGAGGGAAUUUUGUUACAGUUUUACGAUGGAAAAUGCAAAAGCCAGAGCCAGGUGCAUAAUCUUGUAAUCUGUGGCUAACCCUGGAACAGGACUGACUACUACUUAAAAUACUCUUUUGGGGGAUACACAUGUGAGACACUAAGUACUUGCAGAAGAUUUUUGUCUCUCUUUUUUAAAAAGUCUCUUUCCUUGGAAUAUUGUGAGCAUAUUUGUGGCCAUUGAAGGUUUGUGUGAUUUUGCUAAAAUGCAUCACCAACAGCGAAUGGCUGCCUUAGGGACGGACAAAGAGCUGAGUGAUUUACUGGAUUUCAGUGCGAUGUUUUCGCCUCCUGUAAGCAGUGGGAAAAAUGGACCAACUUCUUUGGCGAGUGGACAUUUUACUGGCUCAAAUGUAGAAGACAGAAGUAGCUCAGGGUCCUGGGGGAAUGGAGGCCAUCCAAGCCCAUCCAGGAACUAUGGAGAUGGGACUCCCUAUGACCACAUGACCAGCAGGGAUCUUGGGUCACAUGACAAUCUCUCUCCACCUUUUGUCAAUUCCAGAAUACAAAGUAAAGCAGAAAGGGGCUCAUACUCAUCUUAUGGGAGAGAAAACGUGCAGGGUUGCCACCAGCAGAGUCUCCUUGGAGGGGACAUGGAUAUGGGCAAUCCAGGAACCCUUUCGCCCACCAAACCUGGCUCCCAGUACUAUCAGUAUUCUAGCAAUAACACCCGGCGGAGGCCUCUUCACAGUAGUGCCAUGGAGGUGCAGACAAAGAAAGUCCGAAAAGUCCCUCCAGGUUUGCCCUCCUCAGUCUACGCUCCUUCAGCAAGCACUGCCGACUACAAUAGGGACUCACCAGGCUAUCCUUCCUCCAAACCAGCGGCGAGCACUUUCCCUAGCUCCUUCUUCAUGCAAGACGGCCAUCACAGCAGUGACCCUUGGAGCUCCUCCAGUGGAAUGAACCAGCCUGGCUAUGGAGGAAUGUUGGGCAAUUCCUCUCACAUUCCGCAGUCUAGCAGCUACUGUAGCCUGCAUCCACAUGAACGUUUGGUAAGGACGGCUCACGGGGAUGGGAGCUACCCAUCCCACUCCUCAGCAGACAUCAACUCCAGUCUUCCGCCGAUGUCCUCGUUCCAUCGUAGCGGCACAAACCAUUACAGCACCUCCUCCUGCACUCCUCCUGCCAACGGGACCGACAGCAUCAUGGCAAAUAGAGGAACUGGGGCAGCAGGCAGCUCCCAGACUGGAGAUGCUCUGGGAAAAGCCCUGGCUUCGAUCUAUUCUCCAGAUCACACGAACAACAGCUUUUCCUCAAACCCUUCAACCCCUGUUGGCUCUCCUCCUUCGCUCUCAGCAGGCACAGCUGUUUGGUCCAGAAACGGAGGACAGGCCUCAUCAUCUCCUAAUUAUGAAGGACCCUUGCACUCUUUGCAAAGCCGGAUUGAAGACCGCUUAGAGAGACUGGAUGAUGCAAUUCAUGUUCUUCGGAAUCAUGCAGUGGGGCCGUCCACAGCUGUGCCUGGUGGCCACGGGGACAUGCAUGGGAUCAUCGGACCUUCUCAUAAUGGAGCAAUGGGUGGCCUGGGCUCAGGGUAUGGAACUGGCCUUCUUUCAGCCAACAGACAUUCACUCAUGGUUGGGGCCCACCGUGAAGAUGGCGUGGCUCUGCGAGGAAGCCAUUCUCUCCUGCCAAACCAGGUUCCGGUUCCACAGCUUCCUGUCCAGUCUGCAACUUCCCCUGACUUGAACCCACCCCAAGACCCUUACAGAGGAAUGCCGCCAGGUCUCCAGGGCCAGAGUGUGUCUUCUGGCAGCUCCGAGAUCAAAUCUGAUGAUGAGGGAGAUGAGAACCUGCAAGACACAAAAUCUUCUGAGGACAAGAAAUUAGAUGACGACAAGAAGGAUAUCAAAUCAAUUACUAGGUCAAGAUCUAGCAAUAACGAUGAUGAGGACCUGACCCCAGAGCAGAAGGCAGAACGUGAAAAGGAACGGAGGAUGGCUAACAAUGCCCGCGAGCGCCUGAGGGUCCGUGAUAUCAAUGAGGCUUUCAAAGAGCUGGGCCGCAUGGUGCAGCUCCACCUGAAGAGCGACAAGCCACAGACCAAGCUCCUGAUUCUCCACCAGGCCGUGGCUGUCAUCCUCAGCCUGGAGCAGCAAGUGCGAGAAAGGAAUCUGAACCCGAAAGCUGCCUGCCUGAAAAGAAGGGAGGAGGAGAAAGUGUCCUCAGAACCUCCCCCUCUGUCCUUGGCUGGUCCACACCCUGGGAUGGGAGACGCAGCGAAUCACAUGGGACAGAUGUGAAAGGGUCCAAGUUGCCACCUUGCUUCAUUAAAACAAGAGACCACUUCCUUAACAGCUGUAUUAUCCUAAACCCACAUAAACACUGCUCCUUAACCCCCUUUUUUGUAAUAUAAGACAAGUCUGAGUAGUUAUGAAUCGCAGACGCAAGAGGUUUCAGCAUUCCCAAUUAUCAAAAAGCAGAAAAACAAACAAAAAAAAAUGAAAGAAAGAAAGAAAGAAAAAAGUGCAACUUGAGGGGCGACUUCUUUAACAUAUCAUUCUGAAUGUGCGAAGCGGUAUGUACAGGCUGAGACACAGCCCAGAGACUGAAUGGCAAUCCUUCCACACUGUGGAGCAAUGCAUUUGUGCCUAAACUUCUUUUGGAAAAAAAAAAUAUAAUUAAUUUGUAAGUCUGAAAAAAAUAUUUAAUUUAAAAAAAAAUUGUAAACUUGCAAUAAUGAAAAAGUGUACUUCUGAAGAAAACGACAUGAACGUUUUUGUUGGUAUUCAAGUCAGCUAGUGUUUCUAAUGACCGGAUAUUGGAUAGGGGAAGCCCGGCUACCCUCAUAACAAAACCAGCAAACGUCCUGAUGGCAACCAAGUGAUGACAUUAGCCAUUCCUUAGGGUAGGAGGGACAGAUGGAUGUUAUAGACCUAUGACAAAUAUAUAUAUAAAUAUAUAUAUAAAUAUAUAUUAAAAAUUUAGUGACUAUGGUAAGCUUUUGUUCAUUUGUUUCAGACUUUUUUCUCCUGUAAAAAAAUAGUACUGAUUAACUUUUUUAAAAGAAAGAUUUUACUGUAAAUAUGGAUUUUUUUUUUUGUCUGAUUUUUGUCCCUUCCCCAGUUUGUUAUUGUAACCUGUAGUGCCAACUCUGCUUCCGGAGGGGCGGUGCAGGACGGAGUGCUGACCCUGAUGUUGCUUCUCAUUCAUAAAUAGUAGAAAGUUGUUUCUCCAGUCUUUUGGGAACACAGGACUUAAAAAAAUCACAUCAUGUGUAGAAAUUACAUGCAGCAUUGCCCAGGCAAGGCAAAAAGAGUUUGUCGGGCUUGUGGCGCUGCCCUUGCGACCCUCUCCUGGGAUUUUCAGAGGUACACGGUUAGAAUGCUACAAUGUUACCACUGUGCCUUCCAAUGUUUAUAUCAUCGGAAACAUAACAUAAUCAAAGUGGCUGUGAUUUAACAAAACGAUUCAAGUGUUACCUACCUGUGUAGCCGAAGUAGUGUGCAGUGAGGCGUUUCUGAAUACAUGGUCAGAUUUUUGGAAAAAAUACAAAAACUUAAAAAAAAAAAAAGAGUCAAGUUCAAAAACCGUCAAAUGAGAAAAUUGCAAGUAGUGUGACCGAGCUGAUUGAUUUUGUUGCUUUCUUUCUUUCUUUCUUUCUUUUUUUUUUUCAAAAUGGGUUUACUAAAAAGUAGAUGACUUACUUGCCUCCUCCUUCGUCUGAAAAAUGCCAACCAAUCAUGCAGCAUUAUAACAAGCCUUAUAAGUCCUGAAGCAUUAAGUUGCACUUUUAUGAGGAGGGGUAUAGUGCAGUAUUCUCUGGCCAGUAUGAAUGAAGUUUAUACUUAACAUUUGAUAGAAACAUAGAUCAAACUAUGGCACAGCAACUCAUCAGAUAGCUAGCGUUGACUCUGGGCACAAUUGAACCAAUUCCCAUCCGAAAUCUUCCUAAUGGUUGACUUUGGUGUGUAGUGCAGUAAACAGUAGUGCUUCUACUUAAGCAUCCGUCAGCAUCCUUUCGUCUCUAACUGGUUUCUAUUUUUACAGCCACACAAUCUUGGCAUGUAUUAAGAAAAAAAAAAAAUCCCUGUUGAAGUAGUUUUUUCCACCUAUCAGCACUGAGUAAAUGCCAUAAAUCCAUGGAAAUGGUCUAAAUGCCCCAUCCGUUGUCCUGUUUUACCAGUUACGUAGUGAUGAAACACAUUUGUAAAUUUUAUGCAACCAAUGGCAAACCUAUCAUUAUUUUGAAACUGUGUAUGUAAAAGUUAUAUUUUUACAUGUAGACUCUUGUUAUUAUGUGUUUUAAUACAUUGUAUCAGGUUUUUUGUUUUUUGCUUUCUAAACUGUGUGGUUUUUUUAAAAAAAAAAAAGUCAUUUAAAUGAAAUAGUGAGCUACAAGAAUCUGAAAUUUAUGUUCAUUUCCGAAAAUGUAAGAACAAAUAAGAUAGUUAUCACGUGGUCACCUUUUACAAACCCAUAAACAUUUUGAUUAGCUGUGUGUGUGUGUACGUGUGUGUGUGUGUGUGUGUGUGUGUAUGAGUGUGUGUGCGCGUGCAUGUUGAAAACUGUAAAUAUGUUCAGUAGUGAUAAAACUAAAAUGCUUUGAUUUGUUGAUAAGUUCCUAAAAUGUGGAGGUGGAUUGAAAACGUAGGAGAAUAGCAGAAAUCAAAUUUCAUGAAAAGUUCUUCGGGGGCUUUCCUGUGAAACGUGCAAACAGAGGGGCUCAAAGAAGGGCACGGAAGACAAUAAUGUACACUCCCCUCCUCCCUAAAUGAUGGAAACCAUGUGUACUUGUUCUCUCCCCCAUGUUGAAGAUUUCCUUUUCGUGAUCCAUUCUGCACUCACUUUGUAUAGUCUACCAAGGCGGGUAUCCCUAGGAACAUUAUUAUUAUAUAGGAAGCAGGUAUACUCUGAUCACAUUCAGGAUAAGUGUAUAGAAGAGAAUAUGGUGUUUACUCUUUAGGGAACUGGAAAUACUCCCUGCAUUGAUGUACAUUUUCAGAAUGGCACUUUUGAUACAUGUUAUCGUAAAGGUGCUUACUAAAGCUGAAUUAAAGUUUUUCCAAUCUGUAAACAAAGCAAAAAGUUAAAUUAGUCAUUUGAUUUUUUUUUUUCAAUUGGUGCUUUUAUAUUCUGUUCUCACUCAAACAGAGGAAAAGCUGCAAUUUCUUGCUCACCAGCUUUGAUGUAUUCAUUACUUGGUAAUGUAAUACGGCUAUUGUCAAAUUCCUUUUGGAAAUAAGCAAAAGACUCCCUAAAGGCCACCAGAAGCUGCUGGCUGCAUUCUGCUUGGUGGAGAAACAUGAUCUGACCCUCUCUGUAAUAAUUGGGUUGUAUCUCCAGUUUAAAAGAAAAGAAGAAGAAAGGGAAUGUGGCCUUUUUAAUGUGUUUUUUUCUUGUUGUUAUUUUGUAAUUAUCAAACCCAGGUAAGAUAUUGGUAUUCCUGCACUGGAUUUUUGAAAGCAACUUAAAGACAGGAUUAAAAUACUAUUCAUACAUUUCAUAAGGGUCCAGACUACACUAGAUAUAUAUGGUGUGGUGAUGCAUAGGUUAGGGAUCAGUUUAGAGGCUCAGACUUUGAAAGCAACUUGGAACAGUUGAUCCACCUCCACAUUCAAGUACUUUAUGAAUAUGCAGAGUUAGGGAUCUAUCCAUCUAGGAGUUCUCACCAUUUGUCUUCUGUGUAACUAUGAGGAACACUAAUGCGCAUACAACUCUCAGAUCAUCCAGUCGUACAACUGAUUCUGACUCAGUCUUCCGAUUCCUGGUUCUGUUUUGUUUUUCCACGUUUUCCCCAUCUCUUGAUUUUUUUAUUAUAAUUAUUAUUAUUUGUGAUCUUUGUUUUGAUGAGGGGUUGGGAAGUGGGAGGGAGUCGAACUGAGACUUGGGGGUAAGAGGAUUUUUUUUUUCAUCUUUGCAUCCAACAGGCAGAAUAUGAUCUGUGUCCAAAACUGAACUUAAGUCAGGAAUGAAACGAUUCAGCAUGAACAAGCACAAAAAAAAAAUGUAGUCUGCCGGCUGACUGGAAGCAAAAAUUAAAUAAAUUUAAAAAAAUAAAUAAAUAAAGAGGUGAAGACGGAAUAUGAUGAAUUCCAAGACAAUGGGGCACCAAGGCCUUUGGGCCUCUUCUUGAUUUUGCUUUGGUUAUGUUUGUUUUCUUUCGAGAUGUUCUUUCUCAUGGGACUUGAAGUGACUCAUCUCUGUGCAGUGCUGUUUUGCCAUAUGCUCAUUUCAAGUAUUAUAGACAUAUGUAAUGGUGAAAUAUAUGAACUGUGGCCUUUUUCAUUCUCGUUACUUGUGAUGCAAUUAAGUGAAGAUAAGAAAAAAAAAAAAGCAGAGAUUUACCAUGUAUCAGUGCCUGGCUUUUUGUUAUAAAGCUUUGUCUGUCUAGUGCUCUUUUGCUAUAAAAUAGACUGUAGUACACCCUAGUAGGAAAAAAAAACUAAAUUUAAAAAAUAAAAAAUAUAUUUGGCUUAUUUUUCGCAGGAGCAAUCCUUUUAUACCAUGAAUAUUACAAAAAAAAAUUGUCAGAUUCUGAAUAUUUCUUCUUUGUAGAUUUUUGGAAUCAUUAUGAGUAAAAGUUUGUUACUUUAUUUUACUAUUUAAAAGAUGUUAUUUUACCAUGUGUUACCGAGAUGAAACUGUAUGGUAGCUUCUUUUGUUUGUUUUUGUUUUUUUGUUUUUGUUUUUAGUUGUAGGGUCGCAGUGCGGACUUUUUUCUUUCUUUCUUUCUUUUUUUUUUUGCGACUGUACACAUAGCUGCAGCAUUAAAAACUUUAAAAAAUGUUAAAAAAAAAAGAAAAAAAGGGAAAACAUUUCAAAAAAAGAUAAACAGUUACACCUUGUUUUCAAUGUGUGGCUGAGUGCCUCGAUUUUUCAUGUUUUUGGUGUAUUUCUGAUUUGUAGAAGUGUCCAAACAGGUUGUGUGCUGGACUUCCUGAAGAGGCAAACCACCCAGCUUGGUCUAGACCAUUACCUGUUCCCAUCUGUAGUUACUCGAUGAAGUCAUGUACAUGACCGUUCUGUAGCAAUAAAUGUGCCAUUUUUAUAAACUGUC